ACGCACGACCAUCGGACAAAUCAUCAUCUGGGUUUGCAAGGGAUUGACGCAGGUGGGGCGCACGGCACCGGCAGCUUUGGAAAUUCCGGCCCCGCCUUCCAGUGGCAGCGGCCUCUCGUCGCCUUCGCAGCAAUCGCGCGCGAGGGGCUGACCUGACCAUACUAGAAGCCUCUCCACGCUCCAUCAUCUCUCUCGUCUGUUCCGUCAGCGGCGGCGGCGGGUGGAAUAUGGGGGCGGGGAGUGAUGGGCGGUGCUGCAACGGCGCCGCGGGCGAGGCGGCGGACGACGGGACGACGGUGUUCCGGGGGACGGCGUACUCGCCGCUGCGCACCACGGUGGCGCUGGCGAUGUGGCUGGGGACCAUCCACUUCAACGCCUUCCUCCUCCUCGGCUCACUCUUCCUCUUCCCCCGCCGCGUCGCCGCCCUGGUGCUCGCCACGCAGCUCUUCUUCAUGUUCGUGCCGGUCAAUGAUAGGAGCAGAUUGGGACGCGAGAUCGCCAGGUUCAUCAGCAAGUAUGUGGUUGGAUAUUUUCCGGUCACUUUACAUGUCGAGGAUUACAAGGCUUUUGAUCCCAGCAGAGCUUAUGUGUUUGGUUAUGAGCCGCAUUCUGUUUUGCCCAUCGCCCUUGGGACCCUUUUGGACCUUGUUGGGUUCAUGCCAUUGCCGAAGAUGAAGGUUCUUGCAAGCAGUGCGGUGUUCUAUACCCCAUUCUUGAGGCAAAUAUGGACAUGGUUGGGGUUGGUUCCUGCAUCCAGGAAGAAUUUCUACUCCUACCUUAAAGCUGGUUAUAGCUGUGUCAUAGUGCCAGGAGGGGUGCAGGAGAUGCUUCACAUGGAUCAUGAUUCAGAGGUUGCUUUCCUUAAAGCAAGAAAAGGUUUUGUUAAGAUAGCUAUGGAAACAGGUUCUCCUUUAGUCCCUGUUUUCGCUUUCGGACAGAGCUAUGUGUAUAAGUGGUGGAGGCCAAGUGGCAAAUUAAUUGUCAGAAUUGCUAGAGCACUUAAAUUUACUCCAAUUAUCUUCUGGGGAAAAUUUGGAACUCCUAUCCCAUUUGCAACACCAAUGCAUGUGGUUGUUGGAAGACCAAUUGAGGUUAAGAAAAUUUCACAGCCUUCCUUUGAUGAGAUAAAUGAAGUCCAUGAACAAUUCAUUGUCGCACUACAAGAACUGUUUGAGAAGUACAAGACCAAAGCUGGAUAUCCCGACCUCCAUUUGAGAGUUCUAUGAUGGUUCUUCUAUGUUCCAGCAGUGAGUUACUAAAUUCUAAUGGUCUUGGUAUGGAUUUAUGGAAUAAAAAUUGCAUGCGCCAUCAAUUCAACCCAUCGUAGAAUUCAAGCUUGAGUUAUGUUCAGUUCAAGAUCCAGCAUUAGAAUUCAGUAGCUUCAGACAUGAUUCUCGGUCCCAAACAGCAGUUUGGAAGGGCAAACUUAGUAUUGACUGAAAUUAUCCCCUGGUGGUUUGGAGGAAUAGAAUGCAUUGUAUAUAUGUAAAGUAAAUGUGUACAUUUGUUUAUUGCUCACGAGGCAAUCAGUAUCAAGAACACCAGUGAUUGAAUUGUGCACAAAUGGUGAAAUCU